UUCAGAAACACAGUUACAUUCGCAGUGGUUUUGUCGGUACGACGAGCCAGUUGUAAUUACAAUUACAAAUUUAACAAUUAAGAAGUAUUUACAGUAUAAUUAUCAGUUUGUGUGUCGUGAGGACGUUCAGUUUUAGCGAAAUUUGUUCGAUUUGUGGCCGUGAUUGCAAGAAAAUGAAUUAGAAGUGUCUAACAUAACCCUACUUAUUUUGACAACAACAACCAGAUUACUUUGAAGUUUUGAAUUGCUGUGAUAAGUGUCUUUCGUGGAAGAUACAAUUAUCGUAUGUUUUCGGAUAAUUUGUGAGUUUUCGGAUAGUUAUGUGCGAAAUUCGUGGAAUUUUGUGACUUUCUUAACUGUUAUUUCACGACCUACUUUCGAUAACUGUUUAAAUAACGUGAAAUAAAAAUUGUCGCUUUUUACUUUUUAAUUCAAAAUGACAACAGAAGAGAGGCAUCUAGUUUCAAAACAUGAGUUAGGUUCGUGAAUAAGUGAAUAAGAGGAACGAAUCAAGCACAUUUAUUGAAAAUGCGUUGCCACAAGAAAACCAAAGAAAGUGGUUUUUUCGAAGGCGAUUCAUCCGAUACUGAUGGCAUGAACAUGGGAAAAGCUCUAAAAAGGACUAAAGUGUGCACCACCUCAAGUGAGAGAAAAAUCGAGUACACCCAAGAGGAGCUCGAAACUCAUAUUAAGAGAAGCGAAAAAGAUGUUAACCUUUCCGGCAUCGGGAGGGUUGAUAUGUCUCAUUUCGAUUUGCUCAAAGUGCUUGGUACUGGAGCGUAUGGUAAAGUGUUCCUAGUAAGAAAACGUGGCGGUUCUGACGACGGUCGACUGUACGCCAUGAAAGUACUGAAAAAGGCAACGAUAGUUCAAAAGAAAAAAACGACUGAGCACACGAAAACCGAAAGACAAGUCUUAGAGGCCGUCCGAGACAAUCCCUUCCUAGUUACCUUACAUUAUGCCUUCCAGACGGAUGCCAAAUUGCACCUCAUAUUAGAUUACGUAGCCGGUGGCGAACUUUUUACCCACCUAUACCAAAGAGAACACUUCACUGAAGAUGAAGUUCGCAUUUACAUAGGAGAAAUAAUUUUGGCUUUAGAACAUUUACAUGCGUUGGGCAUCAUCUAUAGGGAUAUUAAAUUGGAGAACAUCCUGGUAGACGAAUCGGGUCACAUAGUCCUUACGGAUUUUGGUCUGAGCAAGGAGCUCCCUAGGGAGGAAGCCGAUCAAAGAGCAUAUUCUUUCUGCGGAACGAUUGAAUACAUGGCGCCGGAGGUGGUCAAAGGCGGCACCCAGGGACACGAUAUUGCCGUCGAUUGGUGGUCGGUAGGUGUAUUGACCUAUGAGCUUCUCACCGGGGCUUCUCCGUUUACGGUCGAAGGGGAGAAAAAUACGCAGCAGGAAAUUUCGAGAAGAAUCCUGAAAACAACUCCUCCUAUUCCAGAAAGUUUAGGCGAAGAUGUAGCAGAUUUUAUUAGUAAAUUAUUAGUGAAAGAUCCAAGAAGGCGUCUAGGAGGCGGCGAAGAAGAUGCCAGGGAACUAAAACGACACGCUUUCUUCAAUUGCAUAGACUGGGACAUGUUGGCGAAGAAGGAAAUUCCAGCUCCGUUCAAACCAGUUAUUAGAAGCGAAUUGGACGUAUCGAACUUCAGCGAGGAAUUCACGGCGAUGCCUCCGACGGAUUCGCCGGCGGUGGUACCGCCCAAUUACGACAAGAUAUUCAAAGGUUACUCCUACGUGGCGCCGUCUGUGCUAUUUACCAAAAACGUAAUAUCCGACGACAUUUUGAAUCCGAGCAAACAGCACGAAAACAUCAAAAACUUCCGGCUGAGCAACAGCCCGUUCUUCCAAGUCUACGACAUCGACUUCAGCGAGGAGAUCCUCGGCGACGGGACGUUCUCGAUAUGCAGGAAGUGCGUGAACAGGAACAUCGGCAAGGAGUACGCCGUGAAAAUCGUCAGCAGGGCGCGAGAUUGCACGCAGGAAAUCAAUUUGCUGCGAGCUUGUCAAGGGAACGCGAACAUCGUGACCUUGCAGGACGUCAUACAAGACGAAAGUCACACGUACCUGGUUAUGGAGUACUUAAGAGGCGGCGAAUUGUUCGAUAGGAUACGGAAGAAAUCGAAAUUCACGGAAUGCGAGGCGUCGAGUAUAAUGAGGAAGCUCGUAUCGGCCGUGAAUUUCAUGCAUUCUCGCGGCGUGGUCCAUCGCGAUCUGAAACCGGAGAAUUUGGUAUUCACCACCGACGACGACGACGCCGAAAUCAAAAUCAUAGACUUCGGCUUCGCCAGAUUGAAGCAGGAACAAGAGUCCUUGCACACGCCUUGUUUCACCCUUCAGUACGCCGCUCCAGAAGUAUUGAAAGGUGACGCGGAAGGCUACGAUGAAAACUGUGAUUUGUGGAGCUUAGGUGUAAUUUUAUAUACGAUGUUGUGCGGCAAGGCGCCCUUCCACGCCCGAUCCCGAGACGAGACCGUCUCGUCGAUCAUGACGCGCAUCAAAGACGGCGACUUCAGCUUCGAUUCGCCGAACUGGCAGGGCGUCAGCCAGGAGGCCAAGUUCGUCGUCGAGGGCCUCCUCACCGUCGACCCGUCCCAAAGACUGAGGAUGACCGAUCUCCAAACGAAUCCUUGGAUCCAAGGCAGCCAGCACUUCUCCCAAACGCCUCUCAUGACGCCCGACGUGCUCGGCGUCACCGCCGAGAAGACCCUGCAGACCACAUUCAGCGCGUUCCAUCAAGCGCAGCGCGAGGGCUUCCGGUUGCAGGACGUGCUCACCGCCAAGUUGGCGCAACGCAGGCGCAUGAAGAAGAGCUCGUCGGACAACAACAGCUCGUCGUCGUCGUUUACCAGCGAGAGCUCGCUGAAGAGCGGCCUGGCGACGCCGGCUCGAUCGAAGCCCGACAAGAAGGCGGGCAAGGCGGCGUCGAAGGCGAUCGAGAGCCGAGUCGCCGGGUACCUGGACGAAGGAAAUCCGCAUCAGGAUUCCGUCAGUUCGGGAUCGAGGAUAUCGGACACGAUUCGCGAGUCGACUAGCUCCAGCGGCAUCGUCGUGUCCGAUAAGAAUUCCGUCGAUAGCAAGACGGAGAAGAAGAGGCGGCAGAAGAAGGUCUACGUGCAAACGAGGCAGAGCGAAAGGAUCAGAAGGAAUAGGUUAGAAAUCGACGGGGAACCGCCGGUGGAAUUCAUUUGCUUGCCCAACAGGACCAGAAAGAGGAAGUUGAACGCGUCCGACGAGCAUCCGGAUACGCCGCAAUCGAAAAUUAGAAAAACUACGACCUUAGCGAAUAGAAAAAAGAAGAAGGUCCCACGGUAGGCGUUUCUGUACACAUUCAAUUAGUUUUAUUAGUCACAAAGUCAUAGAAGUAUAUAAUGAAAUUGAGGUGCAGAUAUUUUGUAACCUCUCCCCCGAGUUGUUUGUUAUUAGAGUAUUUUAAGUAUUUUCUAAACGAUAACUUUUUUUAUAUAAAAUGAUUUUACUACUGCCAAAUCUCGUUGGGUUUUUUUUUGUAAGAAAAUAUUUAAAAUACGGAACGUUUUGAGCGAACUUAUCAAAGUUUAUAUUUACGAUUUUAGAAAAUACGGGGAAGUAGUUGUUACCAAAAAAAUAAAAUCUAAAUGUGAUAAAAAUGGUAAUUUCAAAUAAUAUUAAAUAAAAACAAAUUGCAUAUUUCGGUUAUUCGAUGAUUCUAUUGUUGUUUCGAAAGGCACUACGUAACGAUUUGGUAAUAUAUUGAUACUUUUGAUAGGCUGUGAUGAUAGAAUAUCUGCAGGGAAGUCGACAGUUUGUUUUCAAUUAAUUUUUAUGACAAGAAAAUGUCCAAUAUUACCAAUUUUAUUCAAUGCUUACUGUAAUAAUCCGUCAUAAGUCACAGUAGGCGCGU